AAACAAUCUCUUCUCGGCUUGCUCCAUUGUGACCUACUUUGGAGAAAUGAGCAAGUGCGCCACACCGACACCGUCCACUUCUUCGAACUCCAGUGACGAGGCAAAACGCAGUCCUCAACCUAUGUCGAGAGGAUUUCCUCAACGAAAUAUGUCUACGACAUCUAGCAAUGGGAGCAAUUCACCACGCCACCGUUCACUGGAAACUCCGAUAGUCCUUCAGCCGGCAACUCGAUUUGCACUUGCCAAUUUGACAACUACAGUUCUACGGUUAGACUUUUGGGAUGACAAUGACCCGAACUCAAUAUUCUUCUGUAAAUCAACUUUCAACAUAGUGACCCAAUGCCUGGAUCUACCUGAAAAAGUGAUAAAAACUGUCAAGACCCACUUGGAAGGAGAAGAAGAUCUCACUGAUAUUGCACCAAUGAUCAUGUCAGUUCGAGAGGAUCCUGUGUACAAAACGGAAGGAUCUACACCGUUUCUAGCUAGUUUACUAGUGGCUUUUGUGAAUCAAGGCAACUACGAUAGCCGAUACCGAGUGUUUCUCCGACACCUGACAACUCUCUUGGGAGUUGUGUGGACUGAAUUUGAAGAUGUUGAAGACUCGUUGGCCAGUACUUUAUUGGAAGAACAAUUUGUUGAAUCUGAACAUAGUAGAACAGUUCGAGAAAAAACGGCCCGAAACAAGAAGAUCAAGAGAUAUCUGAUGAUCGGAGCAGCUGGCGGAGUUGGUGGAGUACUCAUCGGUCUUACUGGAGGGCUCGCGGCUCCACUUGUUGCCGCUUCAGCUGGAAUGCUUAUAGGUGGAGGUGCAGUUGCAGGGCUAGCCACAACUGCGGGAGCAGCUGUAUUGGGUACAACAAUGGGAGUAGCUGGAGCUGGAUUUACUGGAUAUAAAAUGAAGAAACGGGUCGGUGCAAUUGAGGAGUUCAGUGUGGAGACGCUGUCUGAAGGAGUCAGCUUGAGUUGUUCACUGGUAGUUAGUGGAUGGAUUGAGAGUGAUACAAGUCCAGACCAAGCAUUUGUGCAUCAGUGGAGGCAUUUGAGGCAUACGAAAGAACAGUAUACAUUAAGGUACGAGAGCAAUUAUCUCAUGGAACUCGGAAACGCCAUCGAGUAUCUCAUGAGUUUUGCGGUUUCCGUCGCCAUCCAGCAAACGCUACUGGAAACUGCGUUGGCAGGUCUUGUUUCCGCUGUUGCCUGGCCUGUGGCUUUGAUGUCCGUAUCCUCGGUGCUCGAUAAUCCAUGGAAUGUGUGCGUUUCCCGUGCUGCUGAAGUUGGGGAGCAAUUGGCAGAAGUCUUGUUGAGCAGAUCUCAUGGAAAGCGACCUAUCACAUUGAUCGGGUUUAGUCUGGGUGCAAGAGUCAUAUUUCAUUGUCUCCUAACAAUGAGCAAGCGAUCUGAAAGUGUUGGAAUUAUUGAAGAUGUGAUUCUACUCGGAGCCCCUGUAACAGCUUCUCCUAAAGAAUGGUCAAAGGUGUGUACUGUAGUCAGUGGACGAGUUAUCAAUGGGUAUUGUGAGACUGAUUGGUUAUUGAGAUUCCUCUACCGGACAAUGAGCGCUCAGUUCAGAAUUGCUGGGACUGGACCAAUUGAUAAUCGGAAUAGCAAGAAGAUUUAUAACUACAAUUUGAGCCAUAUCGUGAAAGGUCACAUGGACUACUCAAAACGUCUAACCGAGGUUCUGAAUGCAGUCGGCGUUAAAGUUGGGCCACAUUCCGAAGACAGUGUGGUCGACCUGACACAACUCGAAGGUCCACACGAAGCAACUGGUCAGGCGGAAGAAGCUAUCAAUUAUCAGUCAACCGGUGAAGAGGAAGAGCAUCCAAUUGUGCAUCCGAUAAAUUUAGAAAAUAUCCAUGAAGUCAAAGUUUUAGAUAGUCCUCACAAAAACGAAUUCUGAUUAUUUUUCUCCGGUUUUAGACAUUCCAUUGUUCAUUCAGGGUAUCAUCAUUCAAAAACUCGGUGAGAAUCCGAGAAUUCAUUUUUUCAAAUAAAGUUAUUUGAGUUU